AUGGUCCAGGAUGGUUGCUUUGUGGAGUGGAGAGACAUGGUAGCUGAUGCAGCUAGAAAGGGCUUUGCUGGUGGAGUUUCCCUCGAAUGGAAUUCAUAUAAAAUCUUGAGUGAGCAAAUGCGGCAUGAGUGGUUGGAGAAUCUCCAGAAAAGGCGAUCAAUGCCUAGGCCAAGAGGUAAUAGACGAGCACCAAAAACACCUGAGCAGAGGAGAAAAAUUGCAGAAGCCAUUGCUGCGAAGUGGUUGGAUCAAGAAUAUCGUGAACGAGUUUGUAGUGGAAUUGCUAGCUACCAUGGAUCAUCUUCUGUGACUAAAACACCAAGAAAGCCAAGACCUGCUGGAGAACCAGGUGUAAAGAAACAGACUACAAAAAAGAAACCUAUGCAAGCCAAACCUGUAAGCUUAGAGGACGCUCAUGGAAAAAGUGCAGCUGUUAAGAGAAAGAAAAGUGCAACUCCCUACAAAGAUCCGAUGGCAGUUGAAAAAUUGGAGAUGAUAUCAAAGAUUCGAGCUCAAAGGACAGCACAGGAAAUAGAAAAGAAAGAAGCUAUUAGAAGGGCCAGGACACUGAUAGCAGAAGCGGAAAAGGCUGCUGAUGCUCUGGAAACUGCUGCAGCGAUGAACCCUUUUGCUCAAGCAUCACUUAUAGAAGCUAGAAAGCUUGUUACAGAGGCAAGAGUGUCACUUGAAUGUGUUGAUGAUGAAGGGCCUCAAGAAACUGCUUCCAAUGAUGCGUCAGGGAGCUCAGCUUUAUUGAACUUGCACGAUCAUGGAUUGGAGACACAGAAUGGAAGUAAUCUGUUGAAGCAAGAAAGUAAACCUGUAAAUGGGAUGGGAUUUCCUCCAAGCAAUGUUAAUGGCCUCGGUUUCCAUUUUGAUGUAUCCGAACUCAGCGGAACAAAACAACUAUAUCAGAGGAUAGAGAAUUCCAUGGAAAGGGCUUUUCUUCUCCCUUCGGCUUCGUCAAAGCUUAAAAGUGCGAAUGGAGAUUUCGGAAUAAUAGAUUUAGAAGUGAGGCAAUCAAUGGCCAAUGACACGGCAAAGCAUAAUGGCAUCGCAUCUGAAUCAACAGAAACUUGUCCUCCAGGGACACUAGAGCUAGAAGGAGAUCCUCCCAGGUCUGAAGAAAAGGCUGGAACAAGGGAAGAUUGCCCUCGGGGAACACUCGAAGAAGACACACCCUCAUCUGAAGAAAAGGCUAAGAUGAGGUGGGUACGUGGGAGGUUGGUCAAAGUAAAAGACGAUUUUGGGGAUUCAGAAAUCUAG